AUGUAUGGAAUAUCGGGAAACCUUUACGACUGGUUCAGUAGCUACCUAUGUGGGCGCACACAGCGUGUUGUUGUCGAAGGCGUAGCUUCGGAAUGGUCCCCAGUAACCUCUGGCGUCCCACAAGGAAGCAUUUUAGGUCCCAUGCUUUUCCUUCUGUUCAUUAAUGAUCUCCCUGACGCAAUCCCUCAAGCAACAUCAACAGGACUGUACGCUGAAGACGCGAAGCUAUACAAGGCUAUAACGUCUAACGAGGAUAGUGCUUGCCUGCAGACCGCCUUGUCGUGCGCUGGAGUUUGGAGCGUUGAUUCAAACAUCACUUUCAACACCUCUAAGUGCAAAAUAAUGACAAUCUCCCGCCGUAGAAGGCCGCUCAUCGCCAAUUACCAUCUUAGUUCUGCAGAUUUGAAACGCGUGGACAGUGAAGUUGAUCUCGGGAUCACUUUGACAAGUAACCUCUGUUGGAACACGCAUAUAUCGCGGAUUGUUAGCAAGGCCAAUGUAAUGCUGGGUCUACUACGAAGAACAUGUCCCCUCCUAACAGUUUGCAAUGUUCGGCGCACAUUGUAUCUUUCCCAGAUAAAAUCCCAGCUAUGUUACGCUACAGAAGUCUGGUCACCAUCGCAGUAUAA